UGCGCGCAUGACUGUUGGGCGCGCAGGAGCCGGUCGCUCAGUCAGGCAGUUCAGUCGGUGUGGUCGGCACGAGGAGGGGGAGAGAGAGAGAGAGAGAGAAGAGGCCGCGGCUCCGACUCCAGACACCCAGGCCCAGAGUCCUCUUGCUGUGUGUGAAGCUCUCUCCACUCCCUGUUGCUGUGUGUGAAGCUCUCUCUGAAGCCAUGCCGUCAGAUAUGGCUAAGAAGAAGGCCGCCAAGAGGAAGGAGGCUGCGAAGUCUCGUGGACGUAAGCCGAAGGCGGUUGAUGAGAACGGCGAUGUCGGUGCUGAGGAGGUGGAGAAUUCAGUCACACAGACAAACGGCACUGCCACUGAUGCAGCCUUAGCACAGAUCACUGUGGACUUGAAUGAGUUUGAGCUGAAGAAAGCUGCUGCACGGGCAGUGACUGGGGUCCUGGCCUCACAUCCCAACAGCACUGACGUCCACAUCAUCAACUUGUCCUUGACCUUUCACGGCCAGGAGCUGCUGAGCGACACCAAGCUCGAGCUCAACACCGGCCGGCGCUAUGGCCUCCUCGGCCUCAACGGGACCGGGAAGUCCAUGCUGCUGUCAGCACUGGGGAAUCGGGAGCUGCCUAUCCCGGAUCACAUUGACAUUUACCACCUGACGAGGGAGAUGGCUCCCAGUGAGAAGACGCCGCUGGCCUGUGUGAUGGAGGUGGACAAGGAACGCGUGGAGCUGGAGAAGGAGGCUGAGCGACUGGCACACGAGGACUCGGAGUGUGAGAAGUUGUUACAGAUAUACGAGCGGCUGGAGGAGUUGGAUGCUGACAAGGCUGAGGUGCGAGCGAGUAGGAUCCUGUAUGGCCUGGGCUUCACUCCUGCCAUGCAGUGGAAGAAGAUGAAGGACUUCAGCGGGGGCUGGCGAAUGCGCGUAGCUCUGGCCAGGGCGCUGUUUAUACGGCCCUUCAUGCUGCUGUUGGAUGAGCCGACAAACCACCUGGAUCUGGACGCCUGCGUGUGGCUGGAGGAGGAGCUCAAAUCGUUCUGCAGGAUCCUGGUCCUUGUCUCUCACUCCCAGGACUUUCUCAAUGGCGUCUGCAACAACAUUAUUCACCUGCACAACCGCAAACUCAAGAACUACACGGGAAACUAUGACCAGUACGUGAAGACCCGGGUGGAGCUGGAGGAGAAUCAGAUGAAACGAUUCAACUGGGAACAGGACCAGAUCUCACACAUGAAGAACUACAUUGCCCGCUUUGGGCACGGCAGUGCUAAACUGGCUCGUCAGGCUCAGAGCAAAGAGAAAACCCUGCAGAAGAUGAUGGCGUCGGGACUGACUGAGAAAGUGGUCAGUGACAAGACGCUGACCUUCUGUUUCCCAGCCUGUGGGAAGAUCCCACCUCCUGUCAUCAUGGUGCAGAACGUCAGCUUCAAAUACAACAAGGACGGGCCGUUAAUUUAUCGGAAUCUGGAGUUUGGUAUUGAUCUGGACACCAGGGUGGCUCUGGUGGGGCCCAACGGAGCCGGGAAGUCAACUCUCCUCAAACUGCUCGCCGGGGACCUUCUUCCAUGUGACGGAAUGAUCCGGAAGCAUUCACACGUCAAGAUUGGACGAUACCAUCAGCAUUUACAGGACCAGUUGGACCUGGACCUGUCGCCGCUGGAGUACAUGAUGAAAUGUUAUCCUGAUAUCAAGGAGAAGGAGGAGAUGCGCAAAAUCAUCGGGCGCUACGGGCUGUCAGGCAAACAGCAGGUGAGCCCUAUUAGGAACCUAUCCGACGGGCAGAAGUGCCGUGUGUGCUUUGCGUGGCUGGCCUGGCAGAACCCACACAUGCUGUUCCUGGAUGAGCCGACAAACCAUCUGGACAUCGAGACCAUCGACGCUCUCGCAGACGCCAUCAACGAGUUUGAGGGGGGAAUGAUGCUGGUCAGCCACGACUUCCGUCUUAUCCAACAGGUGGCCCAGGAGAUCUGGGUGUGUGAGAAGCAGAGGAUCACGGCCUGGAAUGGGGACAUCCUGGCCUAUAAGGAGCACCUGAAGGGGAAGCUGCUGGGCGACAGCUCUCAGAGCAGCAAGAAGGCGGGCAGCAGCUGAGCCACCAACCGGCAGCCCGGCCUGUAUAACCCUAACCCCCCCCUCACCCUAACCCCCACCAUAAACAUAAACAUAACCCGCACUCGCCA